UAUAUAUUGUAUUUGCAUUUACUUGGAGUCAUGCAAAAACAAAGUGUCGAGAAAACGCACUUAGGGAGCCUGGGAUUCUGCAACUCGCUGCGAAACCCGCCAAGUGGGGCACAUGACCGAAGCCGUGGAAUGGAGUGAUGUCACCGCCAUCGUGCGAAGUGGCCCAAGCCCACCACUUGAUCCGUACCAACAGAUCCCUUUGUUCUAACUACGGUGGUGUCGGCGACCCAAAGCAUCGUGCCUUCACGACCGCCCACGACGUGCACACGUGAAGCGAUGAACCGUACCCAGCACAGCACAGGGCGAUCUCAUUCAGCCAGGAUUGGUUCAGCUCUUCUCGGGUAUGUGUUCUUCGCGUCCUCGGCACGGCUCCCCAUGGUCCCUGUCGACGUGGAGUCCCUGGCGACGCCCUCCUGCCCUGUGUCAAGCUGGGAUUUGUAAUCUCUUUCAUGUUUGUAAGCAAUUGGAACAAACCAUUUUGCCCUAUGGUUUGUCCCAAAAGGGGCAAAUGCACGGGCCAAAUGGGCCAAAUUCAGGUGGGAAGCAAUAGUGGGCCAAAUUGACCGAAGGAAACAAUGAAACGGAACCGAUGGAGCAGCGACGACGACGACAGCGACGAAGAGGUGCGUCGGCGGUCGAAGAAGGACCAAAACGACGGCAGUAAUCGACCUGUCAAAGUCGAAGAAGCUACCUCUUUGACUGCCCUCCCACAAGCGCACCAACCUCCGUCCCCAGAGCGAACAUGUGUCCGAAAAGGUCGUCCGGCAUGCCGCGGUGUGGACAACUACGCUCGAAUUGGCAAGAUCGACGAAGGAACUUACGGAGUCGUAUCGAAAGCCCGAGAUAAAGCGACAGGAGACAUCGUCGCGCUCAAACAGGUCAAGAUGGCUCCAGACAUCUGCAAGGAAGGGUUCCCCGUGACUGCUCUACGCGAAACCAACAUCUUGCUCGCGCUGCAACACCCCAACAUCAUUCGGAUGCGCGAGAUGGUGGUGGGAUCGACUCCAGACAAGGUGUACAUGGUGAUGGACUACUCGGACAACGACCUGAAGCGCGUGUUUGAGAAACAAGCGGCGACGAAACACCCGUUUUUGAGCUCCGAGAUCAAAACGUUGCUCCAGCAAUUGCUGCGCGCGAUUGCCCACAUGCACUCGAAAUGGUACAUCCACCGAGAUCUCAAAAGCAGCAACUUGCUGUACGAACAGGGUGUGCUGAAAGUGUGUGACUUUGGCAUGGCCCGCAAGUACGGCUCGCCCAUUCGAACAUAUACCCAACUCGUCGUGACUUUGUGGUACCGAGCCCCCGAGUUGCUCUUGGGUGCGUUGCAGUACUCGACGGCCGUCGACAUGUGGUCCGUCGGGUGUAUUUUUGCCGAAAUGAUUCUAUUGACGCCAUUGUUUAUGGGUCGAGGGGAAAUCGACCAGCUCGACCAGAUUUUCAAACUCCUCGGCGCCCCCACGGAAGCCAAUUGGCCCGGCGUCGACCAGCUGCCCAACGUGGCCAACGUCAAGUGGAAAGGUGCGAAGCGAUCGAUGCUCCGCGACAAGUUUCCCGUCGCAAGCGUCAUUGGGGGACAGAGUGUCCUGUCCAAUGCUGGCUUUGACCUGAUGCAAAAGCUUCUCACACUCGAUCCAGCCCAGCGCAUUUCGGCAAAAGAUGCGUUGAAUCACGAAUACUUUACAGAGUCGCCGCCGCCAAAGCCGACCCACCUCAUGCCAACAUUCCCGUCGUCGACAGCGUAAUCCUUCUGUGUCAACAUUGCGCUCGUUCUUGGACCCUUGGGCGUGCGCAUGCCAGAGCUCGAACAAAGGAUGAACAUGGUGGGGCGAAAUCGUCCACUGCCGUGAUUUGCCCAAUCGUGAUGAAGACAAGUUGCUCGUGCUCCUUUCUUGCGUGCUGAGUCGCGUGGAGUUUGUACGUCCCAGCGGCAUCGUCGACAUCGGCAGCGGCGGUGUCCACUUCGUGGACUGCCAGGACAUCGUGCGCUUCCAACCCCAGUUGCCUUGGGUGUGGCCUGGAUGUACUGGUGGCGUCUGGCGCCACGAGUGAAAGCUCACGAUGGUCAGGUCACCGCUGGAAGUAGAGCCAGCACCGACAGCCGUCUGGUAGAUCUGCAAAGACGUCGAGGUUUUGGUGCUUUCGUAGUGGAGUUGCGCGGCCAGAAGUAGCGUCAGAUACCGCCACGGACCCAACCGUCGUGCCAAUCCUCAUGUGGCGUUGCAGGAUCACUUUGUACAUUGGAGAUGGUGGCCGCCAUAACACGCGUUCCGUUUGGAUCGUGCGUCGGCCAUCUUGAAUGGACUCGAGUUCAUUCCAACUCGGAACGGCGCGAUCGUGUUGCAUCAAGACGUGGAAAUUCGUUUCGCCACUGGACCUUUCCAACGCUGCCGCUCGUGUCCGCUCGUCCCUCUUGUUGAGGGGAUCGUGGCGGGAUGCCUCGGAACCACAAACGAGGCGAAGCGGACUCGAGUGUGCCAUGCGCCAAAUUCAACGACGCUGGAACUGAGAGGUCGAAACUUGAGCACGUGCGGGCUUCACGUAUGCCGUGCAAAGUGCCAUGGCCAUGGACCUUUUCAGCGACCGGAGACAUGCGUCAUGCGCUCCUGUGUAAAGAACCCAACGGUUCGCAAACAACGAUUCAACAGGAUGGUUUCACUACAGAGGACGAAUCGAAAGGACUCCACUUGAUAAUGGAGACACGAGGACGCAGUAGCCAUUCCGUUUGCGCUAGGCGAUGCCGAUGGUGACGCAUGACGUGAUGGCCCACUUGGG